GCUUGCUCCUGUCAUGGUAUGGCAAUACAUGAUGCCGUAAAGCAAUUCAACAAGUGCAUAGGCCUGUAUGUUGACCAACUUGACCUGGUUGUUUUAAUGAAGACAUGCCGUUUUCAUUAUUCGGCGAAGUAAAAGCCUUGACUUCUGUGGGUCACGGGGAAUGUGGUCUCUAAUGGAAAUCGUACUAUCCUGUCAGAAUUUACCGAGAUGGAGUGAGUUUGAACUUGGACUUGUAGUGAUGUCUCAUAGGGUUCAUAUCUAAGAUUCGCAUAUUCUCCAAUUUUGAUUCCUGGUGUGUGCUUUAUUAUUAGCAGUUACUUUUAGGGCCGAUUGUGGAAAUUCUGUUUAUGUUUCCGUUACGGUUUAAGAAUUCGGCACGACAGUUUUCUGCUGCGCAUCCCCAAGAUGGCAUAACCAAUUAGAAAGGAAACAUUUUACGCCGUGUCGACGUUAACCAGCCGUGACUGAUACUAUAGACGACAUACUACUCUUGGACACCCUUUUUAUCAAAGAGGAGAUAAUGGCCGAGCGGGGAUUCGAACACCUACCCUCAUCAUGAGGCCAAUGCUCUAAAGAAUCUCCUGUUUGGGUUUUUUAUUUCCAUUUGUGCUUAUUUGAGAUCAAUGUGUGAAUGGCACGACGUUCAGAUUAAUCAACUGUUGCUAAUUAAAAUUAUUGUCGCUGUUAGGUGGCCUAUAUGUAUAUGUAUAUCUAUAGAGGAGGAAUUUAUGAAGCGCUUUGUAACUAUAAGGAAACGACAAUAUACUAAAUAUUAAUUGGAUUUAAUCGGAUUUUCAAUAAUCAUAUUAAAAUGUUGGCGCCAACGUUUGCCUGAUAUUAGGACUAUGGUUCCUAAUUUGUUCUUUUUAACUUUUGCUGGUCCUGAUAUCCUUGCGUUAUUGUCGGGCAGACCUAAAUUGCCAAUAAUUAUAAAGCAUCUUAGAUUUUCAUCAGGUUUUCUUUCCGAACAAUAAAAUUAAUCAUUUUCGACUGGGAAGAAUAUGCGGGUAAGAGUGAAAGUUGAAACGGUGCCAUCGACUUCUAAAUGGAUAUAAUACGCCUCACUCUUUAUUUUGUCUUGCCGAAAUUGUAUAUCAUUUCACUUUUGCCGGUUGUUGGCUGUGUUCCUGAUCGUCUGAUGGGAAAGACGGCAGCAACUAUAUAGCCCUCACGUACGCAUUGAGUUCCGCCUCUAGCGGGCGGAUGAGUCAGAACGUCAUGAACUAGUUGGGUCCGUACAAACACAUCACCAGCUGAAAACAAGAAUUGAACAUCGAAGGAUUGCGUUACGUAUAUAGGAUAUUUUUAUCAAGAUGGAGUUGGAUGAAGUUUUGCACGAGCUCAAAGACUGGGGCAAGUACCAGACUAUGGCAUUCAUCCUCAUCACGAUAGCUGGAACUUGGUUCCCUGCUUGGCAGAUCUCUUCAUUGAGCUUUACAAUGGCCGAACAGGAGUACUACCACUGCACCCCUGCCCCAGGGACUUUCCCCAACCAAUCCCUAGUGUUACAGAACAAGACCGAUGAGGGCGCUGUAACAUUUGGCGUGGAGAGCUACGAGAAAUGCUUGACGUAUGACAUCAUGGAGGGAGAGAUGAUCACGAACGAAACAGAAAUAGUUGGAUGUCAGUACGGCUGGGAUUACUACACUGUGUACCCAGAGGAGUCGACAGCAUUGAUGGAGAUGGACCUUGUAUGCGAUAAGGACAUUUGGGUGUCAACAGCACAGUCCAUUUACUUCGCAGGGGUGAUGGUUGGAGCCUUCGGGGCGGGACAGCUUUCGGAUAUAUUUGGACGGAAAAUUGUCUUCAUUAUAUCCCUCAUCGGGGAAGGGAUAUGUGGACUGGUCCUCGCGUUUAUGUACAACUAUUACGCUUUCGUUUCCAUCUGGUUUCUCGUGGGUAUGUUUGAAAAUGGGAUUAAUAUCGUGGAGUAUGUUCUUGUCGUGGAGAUGUUUACGCCCAAGAAGCGGACUGUGGCGGCGUGUAUCAACAAUAUCUCCUGGGGGUUAGGUAUCACCCUCUUAGGCCCUAUCGCGUGGCUCCUGAAAGAUUGGCGGUGGAUGCAGAUCGCUAUAUCUGUACCAUGUUUCAUAGGCAUUUUCUAUUUCUGGCUUAUCCACGAUUCCAUUCGAUGGCUUCUAUCGCGGGGUCGUUCCCGCGAGGCACAGGAAGUCGUCAAGAAGAUUGCGAGGUUCAAUGGUGUCAAUCCCGUUCCCCGCUUAACCGAUUCCGACGACGACAUCGCAAUGACAAGGGAAACGUACGUGAAGAAGUCGCCGGAAGGGAUGUCGAAUGGAGAGUCUGAGAUAGGUGCCGGGGACGCCGAUAAGACGGAAGAUCGAUUGAAGAAGGCUUCUUCGAUCGAGUCGUUGACGACGUUUUUCGGUGUACUCAAGAAAAGGAGGCUGUUAUUAAAUUCGAUAAAUAUGUUCUGUCAAUGGUUGAUGUGUAGCCUGGUAUACUACGGAUUCUUUCUGAAUACCAGCGUCCUGGCUGGUGAUAAAUACCUCAACUUUUUCCUUCUUGGUCUUGUCGAGAUACCAGCGUACGCCCUCAUUACAUUUACACUUGUCAAAUGGGGAAGGCGUUCGACAUUAAUCGUAUCAAACUUUGUAGCUGCUGUCGCCUGUGUCAUCACGGCUUAUGUUCCGGAGAAAUCAGAUGACGGAACGAAUUUACAGCCAAUUAUAAUUACAUUUGCCAUGAUUGGGAAACUUGGAAUAACGUGUAGCUUCGGCACAGUUUUCGUUUAUGGAACAGAGAUUUUCCCCACGUCAAUUAGAAACGUCGGAUUCGGUCUGUGCUCAUUUUGGUCUCGCGUCGGUGGCAUCAUUGCUCCUUUUGUUAUUUUUAUCAACAAGAUCUACAAGCCUGCUCCACUCCUGAUCUUUGGCGUUACGUCGUUCAUUUGUGGUGGCAUUGCUUUCUACCUACCCGAGACCCUGAACCGUCCGCUACCCGAAACGCUUGAUGAGGGCAACACGCUUCAUAAGACGAAACCCAUUCGCUCUAAUACAGAAUAUAUAGCGGGCGAGAGGAACUUGGCAGUAGAGACGUAGAUGAAGCUCCGGCUUGUGUCUAUCCGAUUAUUCCAUUCAGCUUCUUUCGAGAGACGCCCUCUACGUUUGUCUAAGUCGGGAUUCGGCGAUCACAUUCUACCUUUCUCCAUCGUCCAUAGAAUCCACAGAGUUGCUCCUAUACUCCUACUCCCAUGGCCAAUCUUUCAGCUCAAGCCUCGCCAAACAAGCCUAAGUCGUGUAUGAUUCUUAGAGUUGGCCAACAUUGGGGUCAGUCGAUACUGGCUCUUAUUCGAAUAAUUUGGGCAUGUCCACAUAACUAGAGAAUGGAGCGAUAUUGUCUGACUUGUCAAUAAGUUAUAACCAUUAAACAAGAAUUGGAAGCGGAAAACCGAAGCCCAUUGCGAUAUCUCCAAUGCCAAACUAAUCAGAUUCAUCGACCCCGAUCAAGGACUUUCGGCCUUGUCCGCCCAGCUUAGCAGGUUAUUUGGUCCGACCGACCUUGAUCUGGCUUCUGGCUCUCUAUCUCCAGCGCUCUGGCUCCCUACUCGAAUAUUUUGAACAUAUUUAAGAUAUUCGAGCGAGAGUAAUUGAAUUUAGAUUUGAAUUUUGAAUUUAAUGUCAGUCGAGGUAGAGUGAUAUCGAUAGCUCUAGAUUGACCCCGAUUUUCUUGUCGAGCUUAAUAUCUUGAUCGGUCUUGAUAGGUUGUCGUCAGUGGGAACCUAGCCUGACAGUUCAACGGUUCAUUGAUAAUACCGGCAAGCAGAAAAAAAAUGAAAAAAGUCUCCACUUGGAGUGAUAGAGUGAGCAUCACUACAGAAAUUUGGUCAGUAAAAACGUGAAAUGAACAUCAUAAUGAUUUUGUGCAUGCAUGAUCAGCCCCCCUCACUUUCUGCUCAACCCCCAACCCCCAGCCAACACUUUCAAAUCGUUCCACUCAAUCCCUCUGCCCUAUGAUGUUUGUACAACUCAAUUGGAGGUCAGAGAAAAUUGUUAAGUCCUGCUUGGGUAAGGCUAUUUACUGAUUUUGUAUGGCUUAAAAAAAAAACCCUCGGGCCCGUUCCAGAAAGCAUUGUUACGCUAUUUGAAUUUCAUCCAAUGUGGUGCUCCCCAUAAUGGGUUGUGUUUGAUUUUUUUUUUAGUUCUGUAUACUUGCAACUUUUUUAAGGUGCCCCUGGAUUUUUUUUAAAUAAUUGUAUAAACAGGAGGUUAUAGUUAUGAUAUUAGACAUAUGACACUGCAAGAUGUACAGACAUUACAAUGACAAUUAUGUAAAAAAGCAACAACAAAAAACACAAAAACAAAGGGAGGAUAUAGUAUGCCUCUCUUAAUGAAUUUCUGAAACGUAUUUAAAUGUAGUUUUAUUUAAAUGUAUUUUUACGUUGUAUGUAAAUAGUGUUCUUGUCGAUAUUUAACUAGUAGAAGGGGAUAUCUAUGUCUUUGUAGAAGGCAUGCUUUUCUAUUUCUAAACUUGCUUGAAGGAUUUUUCGUUAAUUUUACGAAUCACAAAUUCCAAGGGUAAGCGUUUUACAGGGGAGUAUAACGUAUUCUUUAUUGACAGGCUAUUUAACAUCGUACUACAUGUAUAUAUGUAUAUUUGUGUCUCUUUGUCUGUUUUAGUUUCACCCAUUUUGACAUUCCAAAAUAGCGUCGGCAUACUCGAUUGCUAUAUUUAAAAAGCUAGGAUGGAGACAUUUUUACGUUCCCUCCAAAAGGAGUGCACAGAAAUCAUAUUAUUCUUGAAGUUGGAAUGUCAUAUGAACGAAUUUUCUGCUAAAAAUAUGGAGAGUAAAUUAUUCAAAACAGUAAUUCUUUAUUGGGUGAUCGAAAGUAUUCUCACGCUCAUAUGGGGUCAGUUUUCUUAAAAUACACUCUAACAAUUAUUGGGUAAAAAUGCUCCAUGAGGGUAAUUAUGUGUUCAACCAACAAUGGACAUUUCUUUUGGGCAUUUUUAUUUAUCCAGUGUGAUGAGAAUUUUGCCCAUUCUAAAGUAAUUGCUACUUAUUUUGUUAACCUUACUGGAAAAAAUGCUUCCCGCAUCGGGUAAAAUACUGCCCCAAAUUGGUUGGACACAUAAUUACCCUCGUGGUAGUAAAAUGUUACCCAAUAUUUUUUUUUGUGUAGGUAAAUUCUAAACACUAGUAAUAAUAAUAAAACGAAUUCUUGAAAUUUCAAGAAUACGUCGAGGUUAAUUCUCCCUCCUUUAUAUACCCCCAUUGAAUUUCGAGAUAAUCAUCGAAUGUUUCACAUUUUAUAAAAUUUUAUCAAUAUAUGAUCAUGUAGAAAAAAAACUAACCUAUGUGAAAUUGAUGACUAGAAUUAAUAUAAUUCCAUCUGUAAUUCAUCAUGAUUUUUUUUUACCUUCGCUGUUCACUAAUUUUUGUAAUGUUUUCUUACGUCUAGGACCUACUGUAUAAUUAUCUUUAAUCAUUGUCAUUAUCAUUCUUAGUAUUAAUUCCAAUGUUACCAUUGUCAUUGUUAAUGGUAUCAUUAUCGAUAUUAUCUUAUAACAUACGUAAUUUAUUAUUACUAUCAUUAUUAUUAUUAUUAUUAUUAUUAUCAUCAUCAUAAUUAUAAUCACCACCAUCACCACCAUCAUCAUCAUCAUAAUCAUCAUCAUAAUCAUCAUCGUCGUCGUCGUCGUCUAUUACUAUUCCUUAAUAUAUGUACAAUUAUUGUUAUUAAUUUUGUAAUUUUCCUUUGAAUGAUGUAAUUAUCACAUUGUUUUUUUCAACUGUGAUUUCCCUGAUAUUAUCCCUUUCAACUUCACUAUGUCAUGGUGACUAUUUUACUGUUAUUCUUAUUACCAUCGUUCCCGCAAGCUUGUCGAAUUCAAUGCCUCUUAAACUGAUGAGAACAGUACUUCAAACAAAUAUAUUGGCAUUAGUUUUGUAGAAACUUUUCAGGGUAAAAAAUGUUCAUACUUGAUUUUUCAGUGGUACGACGAAUGAAUAGCUACAGGUAAAGUUCAUCUCGACAAAAAUGAUUUGAAUAAAUAGAGGGAAAUUGAAAUUACAUCGAAAUCAGAUGCAAAAUAAGAAAGUUAUGGCAAAUAUAUGUUUAGCAUGUUUGCACAAAACAGUGGUAUCCAUAUCAUAGGUGUUAUACAAAUGAAAGAAGCGAUGUCUUCGCCGACUUUCUUUUUAUUUGGUAAUUUAGUUUAAGAAAUAAAUAUACCAAAUAUCGAUUCAACUCCGUUAAUGUUGACAUUGAUUCAAUUCCCCAUCGUAAGUGCCAAAUCACCAUGUUUUGAUUUGGUGGAGAUUCUCUUAUCUUAAUUUCUAUAAGAAAAAUGAAAUAUUCCAUAUUUCGUGUAAGCUAUACAAAAUGAAUAAGGAUUAUGUGAGUCAUCGGCUACCUCAUAUGUAUACUAUACGGAUAUACAUGUGGCUGUACCACUUUUUUGUAAAAUAUGGAAACUUAAGAAUUUUAUAACUUUAUUAUUUUACAUCCAAUUUUGAUCAAGUCGUCCAUGCUUUGUUGUAUGAAAGAAACUUUUCCUCAUUUUUUGUUUAAUCAACUUUUUGUUUUGUCAAAUCUUGGCUUAAAAUGUCAAAUGGGAACGAAAAGAAAGAGUCAAACGUGAAGAAAAUAUUUGUCACGAUUGCACUUUUAAAAAAAUAAAAAGAAAAUUUGAAAAUGAACAAUGCAAAUCGAGUUACGUUGACGUGUUGUCAUCGUUUCCCUUGUGAAUAUUGUUAGUGGUGCCAUUGAUAUUAUCAUGAUUUGCAUAUUUAUUCAUUCUAUUUGCAAUGUAAGUAUUUCAAUAUCAUAUAUCAAUGUAUUGUGGUUACUUUUAUACAAUAAUACAAAGUUAAUAUCUUGUGCAUGAAUUGAUUUCUGUUUACACCACCCUCUUUUAACAUUGUAUGUCAAUUAUUUCAUAUAUGUUAUAAUGCUGAUGAUAUACUAUUCUGUCGAUUGAUAAUUAUGUAUAGAAAGUAUCCAGUAAAGGCUUACGUAUUCAAUGCGGGAAUUUUUAAAAUGUAAUUAUUAUAUAGUGUAUUCUUGUGUAAUUAGAUGAAUAGCUGUCGUUAUGGGCGAGAUGGGAAAAUCAAAUAAAAAAAUGCAAACAUCAAU